UUGGCGGAUUAGAUAUAGUUCUGUUCAAUUACUUGGAGAUCUAUUGUAUCGAAUAUCUGGGGUAUCUGGAAAAAUGACUACGGAAGCAGCAAGUGAAGAUGAUAAUUUUGGUACGGAACAUUCACAUACAGCUAUUAUUCACUUUUUGGGUGAUGAACGUAGAAAUAGAGUAUUGUCAGGACUCUACAUGGGACGUAGUGACGUUUUAUUGAUGGUGCGACAGGCUGCACUGCAUGUAUGGAAAGUGGUUGUGACAAAUACUCCGCGGACUCUGCGUGAGAUUCUACCAACACUGUUCGGCUUACUUAUUGGAUGUUUGGCAAGUACAAGUUACGAUAAGAGGCAAGUGGCAGCGCGAACAUUGGGGGAUUUGGUAAGGAAACUUGGGGAACGAGUUUUACCCGAAUUAAUUCCUAUUCUUGAAAAUGGUCUCAACUCUGAUCAUUCUGAUCAACGUCAAGGAGUCUGCAUUGGUUUGUCUGAAAUAAUGGGUUCUACAUCAAAUAAAAUGGUCCUUACAUUUAUAGACAGUUUAGUCCCUACAGUCCGAAAGGCUUUGUGUGAUCCCUUACCUGAAGUUCGAGAAGCAGCAGCAAAAACAUUUGAGUCCUUACAUAGCACAGUAGGAUCCCGGGCGUUGGAUGAAAUUCUGCCAUUCAUGCUGGAAGGUCUUUCAGAUCCCGACCCCAUAAUUGCUGAGAAUACUUUAGACGGCCUGAGACAGGUUAUGUCUAUUAAAUCAAAAGUGGUUUUGCCGUAUCUUGUGCCGCAACUAACAUCUCCACCAGUGAAUACAAAAGCAUUAUCUAUACUAGUAUCUGUCGCCGGAGAAGCAUUGAUCAAAUACUUGCCUAAAAUAUUAUCAGCAUUAUUAGAGGCCCUGUCAGACGCCUACGGGUAUUCCAAUGAAGCACAGGAGAACGAGUAUUACCAAACGGUUAUAUUAUCAGUAACAGAUGAAACUGGAAUUAGGACAAUAAUGGAUACAUUACUUAUUUCAGCGAAUUCUUCUGACCUAUGCACUCGAAAGUCUGCAGCAAGCUUACUAUCUGCUUUUUGUAUUCAUUCGCCCGGGAACUAUUCUCAAUACAUUUCUCACCUUUUAAGAUGUUUACUGAAGUUGUUGGUGGAAAAGGAUAAAGAUAUACUACAAAAAUCUUGGGAGGCCCUCAACGCUGUAAUUAAAGGCAUGAAUGCCGCGCAACAAAUAUCUCACGUAUCUGAUGUGGAACUGAAUGGAACAGAGCUUCCUGGUUUUUGCUUGCCAAAAGGAAUUACUCCGCUAUUACCUGUUUUUCGGGAAGCAAUUUUAAAUGGAUUACCAGAGGAAAAAGAAAACGCGGCACAAGGACUCGGUGAAGUUAUUUUUCUAACAAACGCACAAUCGUUGCAGCUUUCAGUAGUACACAUAACAGGUCCAUUAAUUCGAAUACUAGGUGACCGUUUUAACGCGGCGGUUAAGGCUGCAGUUUUGGAAACUUUGUCAAUUUUACUUCAUAAAGUUAAUGUUUUGUUAAAACAGUUUUUACCACAACUUCAGACCACCUUUCUUAAAGCAUUACAUGAUCAGAAUCGAAACGUGAGAUUGAAAGCUGGAAAAGCAUUGUCUGAGUUAGUGGCAAUUCAUUCUAGAGCAGAUCCAUUAUUUAAUGAAAUUCAUAAUGGAAUUAAAAACUCGGAUGAUUCUUCUGUUAGAGAGACAAUGCUUCAUGCACUUCGCAGUAUUGUGAGUCGAUCUGGAGACAAAAUGUCUGAUGCAAUAAAGAAACAAAUUUAUGUUACCUUAUUGAGUAUGAUCGGACAUCACGAAGACGCCACUCGAAGCGCGGUUGGAGGAUGCUUGGGAGCGAUACUAAAGCACAUAGCGUCUGGACAAGUCUAUGAUUUGUUUAAUAAUAUAAUACUGACGAAUAAUGCAGAUGAUCUUAUAGUAAAACAUGGGCACACAAUAGUAUUGUUUGUAGCCUUAAAAGAGUGCCCCAACGAAGUACUUUUUUCGAAUUUGCCUGAAAAGAUUACAUCAUAUGUUUUGAUCAAUAUUUUAUCAGAAAAAGUUCCAAUUGCUUGCAAUGCUGUUAGAGCUAGCACUUACCUUUUGGACUAUUACCUUGUCAAUAAAAAUGAACUUCCUUUAAAUGUGGUAGUUGCGUUAGCAAGAGCAAUGAAUCAUUCUAGCAACGAUGUCAAACAGCUUGUUGCAAAAAGUUGUACCCACCUUUCUAAAAGUUUGUCAGCAAAUCAAAGUAAUAUUGAUGUUUUGAAAUAUUUGGUGCCUAUGCUGGUAAAUGGAACUAAAGAAAAAAUGGUUAUGUGAAAUCAAAUUCAGAACUAGCAUUAAUUUCCAUUUUAAGAUUAAGAUCUGACGAUACGAUCUUUCUUAAAGUUUCAGAUCUAUUAGAAUCGGGUGCAAGAGACUCGUUAAAUGAAGUAGUUUCAAAAGUUUUAAAGCGCACAUCUCCGCAGUCUAUAAUAAUAAAAGAAGAAGAAUUGGAUGACACACUACCAACAUAACAAAUUUACUUUAAAACCGUUCCAAAAAUAUCUUGAACUCUCAAACAAAUUGCUUUAUUUAAUUUUUU